AUGAACGGUCACGGUCACGCCAACGGAAAGGGUGGGCCUCCGAAUAACCUUGGCCAACACGAUCUGGGCCCAUCCGACGAAGCCACCGGCUCAAGAAACACCUACCUGAAUGGUACCAUGGGUGCGAAGGGGGUCAAUGGCAUCUACACCAAUGGACACAUUGACAGCAACGAGGCAGACGGAAGGGGCACCAACCCUCGCAACGGGCCCAUCGACACGACUCCAAAACCACCACAGCCCUUCCAGCCUGUGGCCAUCUGCGGCAUGGCAUGUCGACUGCCAGGGGGCAUCCACUCCCCCUCGGAGCUGUGGGCCUUUCUCCACGCGGGCCGGGACGCUCGCGGUCCGGUCCCGUCAUCCCGGUACAACAUCUCCGCUUUCCAUUCGCCGGACAAGAAGCCCGGCAGCGUCAUUUCUCAGCAGGGAUACUUUCUCGACUCCACCAAUGACCUGGCCGCGUUGGACACGUCCUUCUUCUCUAUGCCUCGCAGCGAAGUUGAGACACUUGACCCCCAGCAGCGCAUGCUUCUCGAGGUCACCCGUGAGGCCCUCGACGAUGCCGGCGAGACGGGCUGGAGGGGUUCCAACAUCGGCGUGUACGUGGGCAGCUACGGCCAGGACUGGUAUGACGUCUCGGUCCGCGACACACAGGCCCAUGGCAUCUACCAAAUCCUCGGACCACACGAUUUCAUGAUCUCCAAUCGCAUCUCCCACGAGCUCGACCUGCACGGCCCCAGCAUGACGGUGCGGACAGCCUGCUCUGGCUCUCUCAUCGGCGUCAAUGAGGCAUGCAUGGCCAUUGCGCGCGGCGACUGCACAUCCGCCAUUGUCGGCGGCACCAACAUCAUCAUGGCUCCGGCCGUGACCGCUGCGGAGACUCAGCAAGGCGUUCUCAGCACUGAUGGCUCAUGCAACACCUUUUCGGCCAACGCAAAUGGCUACGCGCGCGGCGAGGGCAUCGUUGCUAUCUACCUGAAGCCAUUGGAGGACGCCAUUCGGGACGGCAACCCUGUCCGCGCCGUCGUUACCGGCUCGGCAACCAACCACAACGGCCACACAUCAACAGUUGCACAACCCAGCUCCCAGGCGCAGGUGGCGCUGAUCAAGCAAGCAUAUCGGAAUGCUGGCAUCACCGACAUUACUAGAACGGGCUUCUUCGAGUGCCACGGCACGGGGACAAGGACUGGUGACGCCGUUGAAUUGGCUGCCGUGGCUGCCUGCUUCGGCAAAGCCGGUGUGCACAUUGGCUCAAUCAAGGCAAAUCUUGGCCACGCGGAGGGCGCGGCUGGCCUUGUGGGAAUUCUCAAGGCCGUCCUUGUUUUGGAGAACCGCAGCAUUCCCCCGCAGAUCAAAUCUCUUCCACUCAACCCUACAAUCGAUGCGAAUCUCAUUGUUUCUACCGAACCAACACCAUGGCCUGAAGAUCGCGAUGAGCGCGUCAGCGUUAGUAGCUUCGGCCUCGGCGGUUCCAAUGCCCAUGCUAUCAUCGAGUCAGCAGCAAGAUUCAAUGCGACACGCAAGUUCGAGACCAGUAGAGCAGCAGCAGCAGCGCCAAAUACACCGCAUCUGCUGCUCUUCUCUGCUAACACCCCAUCAUCUCUCACGGCCACUGUCGACAAGUACGAGGGUUUCCUUGACAAAAGCCCAGAUCUGCUGCCAGAUGUGGCAUACACCCUUGCUAAUAAGCGAGAACAUCUGCAGUAUCGCUCAUUUGCGGUAUGCACGAGUGACAAUAUCACGCUGGCUAGUACCGCGCCCCCCACCAAAGUUGAACAAACACAGGAAAUAUCCCUGAUCAUGGUCUUCACUGGCCAAGGCGCACAAUGGGCACGCAUGGGCUACGAGCUCCUCCGUUCCAAGACCAAUCCUGUCUUCAGCAACACGAUUGCAUCCCUCGACAAGGCGCUCCAAGAGCUAGGCCUGCUAGCUCCGUCAUGGUCCAUUGAUGAAGAGCUCCGCAAACCUGCACGCAAGAGUCGUGUUGAUGAAGCCGAGUUCUCCCAGCCUCUGUGCACAGCCCUGCAGAUCGCCUUGGUAGACUCUUACGCUUCGAUUGGGAUCCGCCCGGCCGCAGUGGUUGGCCACUCCAGCGGCGAGAUUGCUGCCGCAUACGCCGCUGGUGGCCUCAGCGCCCAUGACGCUAUCAUUGUAUCUUACCUGCGUGGGCUAGCAGUAGCCAAGCAACACAUUCGUAAGGGCGCCAUGGCAGCUUUGGGCAUGAGUUGGGAGGCUGCCAGGAAGCGUCUCGUCCCCGGCGUGGUGCUCGCCUGUGACAACGCGCCAAACAGCGUAACCAUAUCGGGAGAUGCAGGUCUGGUGAUAGAGACGGUUGACAGCAUCAAGAAGUCGGUACCUGGAGUUCCAGCCACCGUACUAAAAGUUGAUAAAGCGUAUCACUCGCCACAUAUGGAAGAAAUUGGGGCUAAAUACCACGCGGCCAUGACCAACGCCGGCGUUGUGGGCAAGGUGCACACUGUUCCAUUCUUCUCAAGCGUUGAAGGAGAGUUGCUCGUCCCCGCCGCGAGCAGUAGAUUUGGACCCAAAUACUGGCAGACCAACUUGGAGUGCUCUGUGUUAUUCACAUCGGCAGUAAGCUCCGCUAUUGAACGGCACGCUGGCCCCUCCACGCAGGUUUUCCUUGAAGUUGGCCCCCAUGCUGCAUUGGCCGGACCCCUUCGUCAAAUUAUCACCCAUAAAUCUAGCAGCGCAUCAUACAUUUCGACUUUGACCCGACGAAAUGACAGUGCCGAAAACUGGCUGUCAGCUCUUGGGCAACUCUUUGUCCACCAUGUGCCCUUCAAUCUUCAGGAUUUAAUGCCGGCUGGCAACACCCUCUCAGAUCUGCCCCCUUACCCCUGGGACCAUCAUCGCAGUCAUUGGAGCGAAUCCCGCAUCGCUCGUGAGUGGCGCAUGCGAAAAUACCCACACCAUGACCUUUUGGGUGCAAAGGUCCCUGACACGACAGACCUCGAGCCGGUGUGGCGGAACUUGCUGCACAUUGAGAAUGCUCCAUGGAUACGUGACCAUAAGAUCAACGCAGAUAUCAUCUUCCCCUUCGCCGGGUACGUCGCCAUGGCGGCGGAGGCUAUCCGUCAGAUCACCGGUGUCGAAGAAGCGGUUGAGCUUCGAAAUGUUGUCGUGCCCACCGCCUUGGUUCUCAACGAGAACUCUCCCAAAGAGCUUGUGACCUCAUUUCAUCACCUCCGUCUAACAGAUUCACUGGACAGUGACUGGUGGGAGUUCCGUAUCGCAUCACAUAACGGAAACACCUGGAUAAAACACUGUUCCGGCGAGAUUCUUGCUCGGGAGGAAAAAAACGCCAUGCGUAAUGGCGCUGUGCAGGAAGACCUACCGCGUAAAGUUUCCAGUAAACGUUGGUACGAUACGAUGCGCCGUGAGAGCAUUGACUAUGGCCACCAUUUUACGAGUCUCGAAAACAUCACGACGGCGACGACCGGCGCACGAGUUGCUCAGGCCCAAGUCCGCAACAAUUGGCAUGGAGAUGAGCAAUUCUACCACCUUCAUCCUGUCAUAUUUGAUUCAUACCUCCAACUACUCAGUAUUGCGGCUCGGUACGGACUCACGCAUGACUACCGUCAAGUCCUUCCCGCCAGCGUGGGUUCGUUGAUCCUUCGCCGCAGUGCUGUUAACAAUCUUGUGGUAUCAGCGAUAGCUGAGCCCGUCGGCAGCGGGGUCUGCGGAACAGGUACGAUUGCAGCUGGGGACAGACUCAUCAUCGAGGUCUCGAAUGUCCGCCUUACAUCUUUUACAAGUGGUGAUAGUGAUAUAGAAAAAAGCGCGCCCAUCACCGCGCGGAGUGAGUGGGUACCACAUAUUGAGACUGAAGCUUUCAGCACUCUGGUGAAGCCGACACGAGAGAAUCAAGUCUACGCCGCAACGUUGGAUGAGCUUGUCAGCCACUCGAUUGCUGCCUCUCGGAGAUCGACAGCCGGUCUAGAUGUCAUUCCAGAACUUCGACAAUACAAGGCAUGGCUUGACGAGACCCCGUUGUGCUCAGAAGAAUUGGAUGAUGCCACGUUGAACAGUCGUAUCGAAUCUCUCGUUACAUCCCUGAAAUCAACACCAGUUGCCCACAUUUCCAAAGCCAUUACUCUAGUCACAGACAAUGGACCUGCCAUUCUUUCCGGUCAAAAGAAGGCAUUCGAAGUCUUCGAUACAGAAGACACCCUCGGGAAACUCCAUCGCUUCUUAGAGGAAUUCGAUGGAUCUACAUUUUUCAAUCGACUAGGCCACCACAAGCCCAACCUUCGAGUUCUGGAGCUGGGUGCAGGCAUUGGGUCCGCAACAGCUGGCAUUGUUAAGGAUCUGACACGGCCUGACGGGCAGGUGCUUUUCUCGCACUACAUGGUGUCCGACCCAUCCCCAGGCAUGGUCGAAGCUCUCAAGUCGCGUUUCCAGGGCCUCCCCAACAUGAGUUUUGAAGCAUUCGACAUUGGGACUGAUGCCGGGCUCCCGGGCUUUGUUGGGAGAGACUUUGAUCUUGUCAUUGCGGCGGGAGUUCUUCACAGUACGCCCAAGCUUUCAGAAUCCCUCGUCCGGAUUCGUCAGCUUCUCGCUCCAUCAGGAAGGCUUCUGCUGCAGUCCUUGCGGCCCGGUCUGUCGUGGUCCAGAUAUGUCCUUAGCCUCCUCCCUGCUUGGGAUAUUGGCGUCGACGAUGACAGAGCUGGGGAACCGUAUGUCGAUGUGAAAGUCUGGCAAGAGAGGCUCGCGACGGCAGAUUUAGAAAUCGCUAGCGAGCCUGCAUUCGAUUCUGACGAGUCAAGUCAUAUAAGCCACGUUAUCGUAGCGAAACCCAGGCGCAGCCACAUUCCAGCAAAGAAGGUCACUAUUCUUUCCGAGUUUUCAGAUGAAUCCUUCAGGUCUCAUCUCAUCACUGAAGAAUUGCUUGCGUGGGGGUAUGAAGUUUCUUAUUGCAGCCUCACAGAUAUUCCUCCGCCUAGUCAAGACAUAAUCGCCUUCCUCGAUUGGCCUACGUCAUUCCUGGAACAUCUAGAUACCACCAAAUUUGAGAUGCUGAAAAUUUUCAUUGACAACAUCGCUGAUUCAGGCAUUCUGUGGAUAACCCAGCCUUCUCAGAGUCAUUGCAUAGACCCAAGCUUCGCCCAGAUCCAUGGCCUGGCUCGGUGUAUCCGAUCAGAGCUAGGCAUUGCUUUUGCAACUUGUGAGGCAGAUGACUUGGAGAGCCUGCAAGGAUGUCAAGCGGUUGCUGGCGUGUUCCAAAGUUUUAUAGAACGCGUCAAUGACGGAGAGAUUGAGCCCGAUUUUGAAUAUGUUAUUGAGAAGGGUUUGACGCGGGUCAAUAGAUUCUUCCCGCUCUCCUCUGCAAGCGAGGCUGCAGUCGUUGAGACGACCAAGGAUGCGCGCUUGACUAUUGCUCAGCCAGGACGCCUUAACACCCUUUACUGGGGAGGUGAGAUUAUGAAUAUACCCCAGGGUGAUGAGGUGCAAGUAGAGAUCCACGCCGCUGGUUUGAAUUUUCGCGAUGUUCUUGUUGCUAUGGGAAUCAUCGAGUUGCCCACUCCUACCUUUGGCUACGAGGCUACGGGAAUCGUGCGUCGCGUUGGGCCGAAGGCAGAAAAGCUCGGCGUUGGAGACAGAGUUGCCCUCACAGGAGUGGCUGUCUUUGCGUCGACCGUCACGACCACCGAAAAGCUGUGUGAGAGGCUCCCAGACGAGCUUGACUUCACUGACGGAGCUACCAUGCCACUGGUCUAUGCUACAGCCAUCUAUUCGCUCAUCAACGUCGGCAGGCUUGAAAAGGGCCAGUCUAUUCUCAUCCAUAGCGGUUGUGGGGGAGUCGGCCUAGCCGCAAUCCAGCUGGCCCGCAUGAUUGGCGCUGAAGUCUAUACGACCGUCAGCAGUGAGAAAAAGAUCGAACACCUCGUACGAGAGUUUGGCAUCUCAAAAGAUCACAUCUUCGACUCGCGAAGCGUGAGUUUCGAAGGAGACUUGCUAAGGGAAACCAACGGUAGGGGGGUUGACCUGGCGCUCAACUCGCUCUCCGGUGAGUUGCUACAUGCAACUUGGCGCUGCAUUGCCAAAUGGGGUACUCUGGUAGAGAUUGGCAAGCGUGACCUUCUUGGUGCUGGCAAGCUGAAUAUGGAGGUGUUCCUUGCCAAUCGUAGCUAUCGAUGUGUAGACAUUGACCAGAUGUGCAAGGAGAGGCCCGAGAUGAUCGGCCGCUUACUUCGAUCGAUGAUGGGCUUCUUCCGCGAUGGGCAUAUUCGAUCCAUAUCGAUCGACAAGAUCUUCCCAGGCUCCAAGAUGCAAGAGGCAUUCCAGCACAUGCAACAAGGAAGCCACAUUGGCAAGAUUGUGCUCCAAGUCCGCAAUCCGGAAUCUGGGGAUCUUCACCUUGGACAAAUUCAGUCUGCGAGUACGAAUACCACAGCCGUGCUUGAUGGUUCAGCUUCGUAUCUGCUCGUGGGCGGUCUUGGUGGUUUGGGCCGCUCAGUAGCGGUGUGGAUGAUCCAAAAUGGAGCCCGAAGCCUCAUAUUCCUCUCCCGGAGCGCUGGAACAACGGAUCAAGACAAACUCUUUGUCAAAGAGGUCCAAAGCAUGGGCUGUAAGGUGCAUCUAGUACGCGGAAGCGUCACUAACGCGUCAGACGUGGCCCGCGCUGUUGCGGAGUCGCCUUGCCCACUCAAGGGAAUACUGCAGAUGACAAUGGUGCUUCAUGACCGAGCCUGGGGGAAGAUGACAAUUGACGAGUGGAACGGAGCAACGGCGCCAAAGGUGAAAGGAACAUGGAAUCUGCACAACGAAACGCAGUCCCUGAAUCUCGACUUCUUCAUCUUGUUCAGCUCACUCUCUGGCAUCGUGGGCCAGCCCGGACAGGCCAACUAUGCCAGCGCAAACACUUUUCUCGACGCAUUCGUCAAGUUUCGGACAAGCAAGGGGCUACCUUGUACGUCCCUCAACAUUGGAGCCGUGGAGGGCGCAGGCUACCUUGUCGACAACGAUGAGCUGCUCAAGAAGAUGAAAGGAACAGGCUGGCGGGCGGUGCAGGAGUCGGAACUACUGGAAGUGUUGGGGACCGUCAUGCGACGAUCGCCUUCGGCACCAGGUCAAGACCCGGUCAACGAAGAUGAUGGGGCAAAGUCGAGCCUCGUCAACUCAAACUGCACUCUCAUAGGCAUUGCACCAGUCAUUCCGCUCAGCAGUCCCGACAGCAGCGCCAGGCUACGCAAGGACGUCCGCAUGUCGGUAUUUCACAACAUCCGCAGCCAGUUCAAGGGCGGCGCCUCGAGCGACAGUUUGCAGCAAUUUCUGAACGCAGCCAAGGCGAGCCCAGAGACGCUCACCACACCGGAGUCAGUCAUCUUCUUAUCGCGGGAGAUUGGGAAGAAACUGCUGGGCCUAGUACUGCGGCCUAUGGACGACGAGAUUGAUGUAUCUCUGUCGCUUGCGCAGCUAGGACUGGAUUCGAUGGUGGCCGUAGAGAUGCGGGCCUGGUGGAAGCAGAUAUUUGGGCUCGAUAUCAGCAUAUUGGAAAUGUUGAGCAUGGUAACGCUCGAGGCGUUGGGCAAGCAAGCUGCUGAGGGCUUGUCAGUGUUGCAUGGCUAA